UUAGGGCAAUGCGGGUUUAUUGUUGGACGGCAGAGUGAAGGUAGGUAGAGUCGUCUGUCGUCCACGACAAUGGUAGCCUUACGGGCUGCGGCGUGUUGUGUUGUGACGUUCAAGCGAAGGCGGUGGAAGCGAUAAGCUAAUCGCCGCGCCGCUGAAGCGACAGGGAUUCAGAGGCAGGCAGGCAGGCUGGCAGGCUGGCAGGCUGGACUGGCUGAAGGAGAAUUAAAAAGUUGACUGCUUUAAAUUAAAGGCAAGCAAGCUUGAGCCCAGGUAAAAGCUUCUCGCUUUUCCAAAAGGCGGUCCAGGUAAAGAGCUGAAGCUGUUACAUGCCAUUAUUAAUCAACACGGUCAUUUCAUUGCAGAUCUGCUCUGCAUAUAUCAUUCUGCUCUGCCUAAGGUACAACCAGCACGCGAGUGAGGCUGGCUCGAGAAAUUCACUCCACUGGCUUGGCUGACUUUCAUUGGUGAGGCUGAACUCGACUUGACCUGACCUGACUGGAACCAGCAACAAUCCCGUGUCGUUGUCUUUGUUUUGCUCGCAUUCAUUGUUUCCUCCCGGUUAUCCCUCUUGCACUUUUUGUUGGACUUUGUAUUGCGGAGCAUCAUGACCCAAUGGCUCCUGUCCGCGGCCGUCGCAAGCAACUCAUCUGCUUCUAUUGCAACACUCGGUCCGGCAUCAGGUACAAUGGCAACAGACAAUGGGAAUGUGCAUACUGCGACGCCCAGAACUAUCUCGACGAGAAUGGAGAUAUCACCGAUCCACCGGUAGCUACAGAGCUGGCAGCCCCAGCGAAUCUGCAAUACUCAACGCGCCCAGUUUCCCCCGAGCACCUAGAGCACGAUAUAUUUUGCGCGACAUGUCUGAAGAAUCAGCACAUUGUGGCCACGGCUAUUGCUGAAUAUCCAUUCGACACAGAUACACGCCGCCCCGGCUACUUGCAAGAUGAGCAGGAAUUCAAUAAAUACAAAGCAGGGCUCGAACAUCGAUUCCCUCAAGUCUGUCGAGAUUGCGAGCCUAAAGUCCUUUCGCAGAUGCGCCAGGCCGGCAAGACUGCCAAAACAGACCAUUUGCGCCGGAUGAUGGAAAAGUCGAGAGAAGCCAGAUCAGCGCCGGCCAAGAGCGCAUCGUGGUUUGGAAUCGUUUUGUUCUUGACUCGGUUACUCUGGUAUAUUAGCCUUGGCGGGCAAUUGCUCUGGGACACCGCUCACCUCGUGGAAUGGGGUCUGAUCGAGGACAAGCUGGAUGCUCAGCUGUCGUCGUCAGUAGCGCCCAUACUACCACUUGUUAUGGCAUUUGUCAACAUCUGCAGCACCAAAUCUUGGGCUCGCAAUAGUUUGAUCUGUGGCUUCGCAUCAGCGUGGUGGAAUCCGGAGUUCGACCCGGUAACAAAAAAUUUCAGGAAGCGUCUCAAGGGUUUCGACAUUUGGUAUACUCGUCAAACAAUAGCGAUCGUUCUACGAUCGCUCCUCUAUUAUAUCAUAGUGAAGAAUAAGCUUGGUGGUCAAAGUGCACCACCAACAAUAUUAGCACACGUCUGCUCUUUGUUUGCAGUUGGAUCCUUUUACACAACGGCAAGGAACGCCUUCAAAGUCGACCGGGCACCUCUGUGGAAGAAAACGCCCGAGAAACUGGCCAGCACCGAACCAAGUCAGAUUUCAGGUUCUCCGAAUUCUCCCAGGGGUAUAGAAUCUCUGGGAGAACUCCUAGAUGAAAUUUCACGAGAUGCUCGUCCAACGAUUUCCGAAUCACCCGAGCCAGAGCCCAUGACUGGUUCAUCUCAACGCUUCAACCUACCUCCAGAAUCCCAAGCACGUAACCCAGCGCGCUUUCAAAAAUCCAACCCUCAGCAACAUAACCCGCAAGUAAGAAUACCAUACGAAAAUGAUGAGAUGGAAUGGUUACCAACCGUACCUCAAACCUCAUCCUUCCGCGUUUUCACACCUCCAUCACAGCCACAAACGGCUCAAAAAUUCAAUGAAUCGCCUGUCGGCGACAAAGCGUCACCAUUUUGGUACAAAGUCCCACCAGCUCCUAUUACGCCAGCUCAUCGACUUCGCAACCCACCAAACAAGCCAACAUUCGUAUCCCAACAAGUGAAAGAAAAUUUCUUCACUACCAAAUCAUCAACGAGCUUCAGCAUCCAUCCAGAGAGAAGCCGUAUAGACAUGAAGCAGCAGUCGCUUUUUGUUCCUGAAAAGCCGAGCCCAGAAGGAGAUUUGCUCUCAGGCAUGAUGGGUUCGAUAUCCAUAAGUGAGGGAGAUGCCCCAAGGAGUAAGGAAGUUUCGCACAGAAUUGGCAUGGCUUCGUUAGGAGUCGCGGCUGUGGGUCUAGCAUCCUGGUGUUUGUACCAGUUUUGAGUUUUCGAAGAUCAGGGUACAUAUUGAUUGCAUUGUAUUGGAUGGAUACAUAAUCUGUUGAUAGAUAAUGAAUGACGUCUUGACCAUGAACUUGUGUUGCGAGGAGUAAAGGGAACUUUGACAGACUUGACAGCCUCUAGACGUAACUGAAAUAUAAUAAUAGCCGUGAAGCGAACAGCUUCUGUACACUGUUGACCUACAGAGCUUUCACUAAUUUGCUCAUUUGCUUUCGCUGCAAGAGUCUGUGCAAGUAUCAUACCCA